GCAUACAAACGAUUAUAUUCAAGCCCACUCAUCAUAAAGAUAAGAUGCCAUUAGCCAAGAGAGCUGGAAGAUUUUGUACGAGUAUUUAUUUUCUUCGAGGUUAACAAUAUGGUCGGGGUUAAUUACGUAGAGCGAUUUUGUGACGUUUUAGUGUUUUACGUUAAUGGAAAGAAGAUUGAAGAUCCGAAAGUUGAUCCGGAAUGGACGUUGUUGUAUUACCUAAGAAAUAAAUUAAGACUAUGCGGUACCAAAUUAGGAUGUGGCGAAGGAGGAUGUGGAGCUUGCACCGUGAUGGUGUCGAAGUUUGACAGAGUAAAGAAGAAAGAAAUUCAUAUACCGGUAAAUGCCUGUUUGGCCCCAAUAUGCUCUAUGCAUGGCCUAGCAGUGACCACUGUAGAAGGAAUAGGAUCAACCAGAACCAAACUACAUCCCGUCCAAGAACGAAUCGCCAAAGCCCAUGGGUCACAGUGCGGAUUUUGUACACCAGGAAUGGUAAUGUCGAUGUACACAAUGCUUCGGCAAUCCCCCAAACCGACUAUGCACGAGUUAGAAGAGGCUUUCCAAGGAAAUUUGUGCAGAUGCACCGGAUACAGGCCAAUAUUGGAGGGUUUUAAGACUUUUACUGAAGAAUGGGAAGUUGUUAGGAACGGAAGGCUUGUUAAUGGAGUUAAUGGUACCAAUGGUACGAACGGAUCAUGUGGGAUGGGAGAGCAGUGCUGCAAGGUGCAGAAAAAUGGAUUACCUAAGGAAGACAAAUGCAAUGACGAACGCCUGUUCAAAAAGGAAGAGUUUUCCAGAUACCACCCUUCACAAGAGCCAAUCUUUCCGCCAGAAUUAAAGCUCAAAGACAAAUAUGACAAGCAAUAUUUACUAAUUAAAGGACCCAACGUCACUUGGCAUCGACCUACCAGUUAUGAGCAAUUACUGGACCUAAAAUGCACACAUCCAGAUGCCAAAAUCGUAAUAGGAAACUCAGAAAUAGGAGUCGAAACAAAGUUCAAGAGAAUGCUUUAUCCGGUUAUUAUACAACCAAGUGCCAUCAAAGAGUUGCUUUCUAUUGAAGAGAAUUUGGAAGGAAUAAGGGUUGGGGCAGCAGUAACAUUAACGGACAUGCGUGACUUUUUAAAGCAACAAAUCCAAAAACAUCCCGAAAGCAAAACGAGAAUUUUUAGGGCUAUCGUGGAUAUGCUGUGGUGGUUUGCUGGAAAGCAAAUUAGAAGUGUCGGGUCGAUUGGAGGUAAUAUCAUGACUGGCAGUCCUAUCUCUGACAUGUUACCAAUACUGAUGGCCACCAAGGUUAAGCUUGAAGUUAUGCACAAGAAAUCUGGCCUUAGAUCUGUUAUGCUAGAUGGGAAGUUCUUUACAGGCUACAGAAAAACGAUUUUAAACCCAGACGAGGUCCUGCAGGCGAUCCACAUUCCAUUUUCAACACCCACCCAGUAUUUUAAAGCUUACAAGCAGGCACGCAGGAGAGAAGACGACAUUGCCAUUGUAAACUGCGCUACCAACGUUACUUUUCGAGAAAACACCAAUGUCAUUUCAAAAAUCAGUUUCGGGUUCGGAGGAAUGAGCUUUAAGACUGUUAAUGCCCCACAAACUGAGCAGUUCCUCGUUGGUAAGCCAUGGACCCGAGAGACUUUAGAAGAAUCUUAUGCUUACCUGCUAGAAGACCUCCCCUUGGAUCCUUCUGCUCCAGGUGGCAUGAUCCAAUACAGGAAAUCGUUGGUCUUAAGCUUAUUCACCAAGGAGUUCUUGGCUAUUUCUGAGCAAUUGCAACAGGGUACACUAGAUCCAAGAGAGAUGAGUGGGGCAGAAGCCAUCCAGGAGUUCGAGCAGAAGAGCUCGCAGUAUUUCACUGUAGUACCGGAUACCCAAGAGAAAUAUGAUGCGGUUGCAAGACCUUUAGUACAUACGUCAGCUUUUAAGCAAGCCACAGGUGAAGCCGUUUACUGUGACGACAUUCCGUUCUUCGAAAACGAACUGUAUCUCGCUUUCGUCACUAGCACUAAGGCACACGCUAAAGUUUUAUCAAUCGAUCCUUCUGAAGCGUUAAAAGUGACGGGGGUAGAAGGGUUUGUGGGAAUUGAGGAUGUCGGUGUGGAUAGAAACGUGUGGGGGAGCGUAAUCCACGAUGAAAAAGUGUUUUAUUUUGAUAAGGUUACUGCGCAUGGACAGAUUAUUGCUGCUUUGGUGGCUAAAGAUCAAAAUACCGCUCAGAGGGCUGCAAGGUUGGUAAAGGUACAAUAUGAGGAUCUACAGCCAGUUAUAACAAGCAUAGAAGACGCCAUAGAGCAUAAGUCCUACUUUAGAGACCCUUUUAAGACGAUUGUUCAUGGGGAGGGGUUAGAAGAAGUUUUUAAAAACGCCCCACAUAUUAUAAGUGGUCAGUGCAGAAUGGGUGGGCAGGAGCAGUUUUAUUUCGAAACCCAAGGACUGGUGGCAGUACCGAAGAAGGAAGAUGAUGAAAUGGAGAUUUUUUCUUCAACGCAGAAUCCUACAGAGGUUCAGCAUUUGAUAGCCCACGUGUUGGGCACCAACCAGAACAAAAUCACUUGCAAAGUGAAACGACUUGGGGGCGGUUUUGGCGGUAAAGAAACAAAAGCCGCCAUGAUCGCUCUGCCCACAGCGGUGGCGGCAAAAAAGUUCAAUAGACCAAUCAGAGUCAUGUUGGACAGAGAUGAAGAUAUGGUGAUGACCGGAGGCAGACAUCCCAUGUUAGCCAAGUAUAAAGUAGCCUUUGAUGACAACGGGAAAAUAUUGGGGUGCGAGGUGGAAAUUUACACCAAUGGAGGUUAUUCAUAUGAUUUAUCUAUGGGGGUAACCGAGCGUGCUUUAGCUCAUUUUGAAAACGCUUAUCAUAUUCCGGUGUGUAAAGCGACUGGUUGGAUCUGUAAAACGAAUUUGGCAUCCAAUACUGCAUACAGGGGGUUCGGGGGACCCCAAGGGAUGUUCAUUGCUGAAAGUAUGGCACAAGAGAUUGCUGAAUACUUGAAAAUUGAUAUGGUGAAAGUGUCAGAGAUUAACUUAUACCGAACUGGCCAACUGACCCCAUACAAUCAACCCUUGGAAAAUUGCACCAUAGACAAAUGUUGGAAACAGUGCCUCACAACUUCAGAAUUUUUCAAAAGAAGAAAAGAAGUAGAGGAGUACAAUAGACAAAAUAAAUACAAAAAACGUGGAAUGAGCAUUUUGCCCACAAAGUUCGGUAUCGCUUUUGGUGUUACGUUCUUGAAUCAGGCCGGCGCUUUGGUCAAUAUCUAUGCCGAUGGGUCAGUUCUGGUGCAUCAUGGAGGUAUAGAAAUGGGCCAAGGUGUUUACACCAAAAUGAUCCAAAUAGCAAGCAGAGCCCUUCAAAUACCCACUGAAAAGAUCCACUGUAGCAGCACCAAUACAGAAAUUGUCCCUAACACCAGCCCUACAGCCGCCAGUACCGGAAGUGACUUAAAUGGGAUGGCAGUAUUGAACGCUUGCAAUAUCCUAAAUGAAAGACUGCAGCCGUAUAAGGCGCAAAACCCAAAAGGUAAAUGGGAACAGUGGGUAAGAGCUGCUUAUUUAGAUCGGACAAGUCUAUCAGCCCAAGGGUUUUAUAAAAUUCCAAACUUGGGACACAACUGGGAUACAAAUACAGGAAACCUGUUUGCUUACUACACUUAUGGCGUGGCUUGUACUGAAGUAGAAAUCGAUACGCUUACCGGAGACCAUAAAGUUAUUAGGACCGAUAUUGUUAUGGAUUUAGGUGAAAGUCUAAAUCCUGCAAUAGAUAUAGGUCAGAUCGAAGGAGCGUUUAUGCAAGGCUACGGUUUAUUCGUACUGGAAGAACUCGUUUAUUCUCCUACUGGAGUUCUGUUCACCAGAGGUCCUGGAACCUAUAAAAUUCCCGGGUUUGGUGAUAUUCCAGCGGAAUUUAACGUUUCUUUAUUAAAAGGAGCGUCAAAUCCUAGAGCGGUGUAUUCUUCAAAGGCUGUUGGUGAACCUCCGCUGUUUCUUGCCGCGUCAGCUAUGUUCGCCAUAAAAGAUGCCAUCAAGGCUGCCAGAUACGAAAAUGGAAUAAGUGAGAAUUUUAAAAUUGACUGUCCGUGUACUGCUGCGAAAAUUAGGAUGGCUUGUAAGGAUCCUAUUAUAUCCAGACUCACAGAACCUGAAUCGGGCAGUUUUACUCCAUGGAACAAAACUGUUUAAAAUAUUAGAAUAUGUAUAUAUUAUAUAGGUGAGGCUGGUUUGAAGCGAAAUAUCAUGUGAAAUGAAAUAUGUAUCAUAUUUGUAUAGAAAUAAAAUAGAAAAGAAUAUAAAAA